AUGGCAACGGAAGACAAAGAACUACGAUUACUUUUUGCUUUAUUCGACGUGGAUAACAGUGGAUCGUUGACCAAAGAUGAACUUCGUCAGUUGCUUCAAUCACCUGAUCCUGAUGGUCCAUCUGUGUCCGAACAACAAGUAGCUGAUUAUUUGAAAUUAGCUGAUACUGAUAAUAGCGGCGAUAUUUCGGUUGAUGAAUUUGUUCAUUUCAUCAAUACGAAUGUUCGACAAGGUGCCUAUGGAUUAAAAAGUAUCUUUCGAACAAUCGAUACAAGUGGCGAUGGUUUCGUUGAAAAAGAUGAAUUCGAACAGGUGAAGAAAACUAACCAACAAUUGAACAAAACAUUAGUUAGUAUUUUUGACAAGAAAUUUCAACAAGAUUCCAGCAGUAAAGUCACCUACGAACAAUUUGUUGAAGGUGUCAAUGAAUACUACACCAGUCUUGGAAAAUGA